AUGGAGGAGGACGCGGGAGCCGCCGGCGCGGCGCUCGAGCCGGAGCCCGAGCCGGCGUCGGAGCCCGAGGUGGGCGCGGGCAUGUCCGAGGCGUUCUCCCGGCUCUGGACCGACGUGAUGGGCAUUCUGGACGGCUCCCUGGGGAACAUCGAUGACCUGGCUCAGCAGUAUGCAGAUUACUACAACACCUGCUUCUCCGACGUGUGUGAGAGGAUGGAGGAACUGCGGAAACGGCGCGUCUCCCAGGACCUGGACGUGGAGAAACCCGAAGCCAGCCCCACGUCACUUCAGCUGCGGUCCCAGAUCGAAGAGUCGCUUGGCUUCUGUAGUGCGGUGUCAACACCAGAAGUGGAAAGAAAGAAUCCUCUGCAUAAGUCAAACUCGGAAGACAGCUCCGUAGGAAAGGGAGAUUGGAAGAAGAAAAAUAAGUAUUUCUGGCAGAACUUCCGAAAGAAUCAGAAAGGAAUAAUGAGACAGACUUCAAAAGGAGAAGAUGUGGGUUACGUUGCAAGCGAGAUAACAAUGAGUGAUGAGGAACGGAUUCAGUUGAUGAUGAUGGUCAAGGAAAAGAUGAUCACCAUCGAAGAAGCGCUUGCUCGGCUCAAGGAGUACGAGGCACAGCGCCGGCAGUCCGCUGCCUUGGACCCUGCUGACUGGCCAGACGGUUCUUACCCAACGUUUGAUGGUUCAUCAAACUGCAAUUCAAGAGAACAGUCGGAGGAUGAGACUGAGGAGUCGGUGAAGUUUAAGAGGUUACACAAGCUGGUAAACUCCACUCGCAGAGUGAGAAAGAAACUCAUCAGGGUGGAAGAAAUGAAAAAGCCCAGCACAGAAGGCGGGGAGGAACAGGUGUUUGAGAAUUCCCCGGUCCCAGAUGAAAGGUCCGCCCUGUACUCCGAUGUGCACAAGAAGCCCUUUUUCUUUGACGCUUCUCCUGAGAAACCCCCAGAAGAUGACUCAGACUCUCUCACGACGUCUCCAUCAUCCAGUAGCCUGGACACCUGGGGCGCUGGCCGCAAACUUGUCAAAACCUUCAGCAAAGGAGAGAGCCGGGGCCUGAUCAAGCCCGCCAAGAAGAUGGGGACAUUCUUCUCGUACCCGGAAGACGACAAGGCCCAGAAGGUGUCCCGCUCCCUCACCGAGGGGGAGAUGAAGAAGGGGCUCGGGUCCCUGAGCCACGGGAGAACCUGCAGUUUUGGAGGAUUUGACUUGACAAAUCGUGCUCUGCACAUUGGCAGUAAUAAUUCGGACCCAAUGGGUAAAGAAGGCGAUUUUGUGUAUAAAGAAGUAAUCAAAUCACCCACUGCCUCCCGAAUCUCUCUUGGAAAAAAGGUGAAAUCCGUGAAAGAGACAAUGAGGAAGAGAAUGUCUAAAAAAUACAGCAGCUCUGUCUCUGAGCAGGAUUCAGGCCUUGAUGGGAUGCCAGGCUCCCCUCCGUCCUCUCAGCCUGACAGCGAACACAUGGACAAGCCCAAGCUCAAAGCCGGUGGUUCUGUGGAGAGUCUGCGGAGUUCUCUGAGCGGUCAAAGCUCGAUGAGUGGUCAGACCGUGAGCACCACUGAUUCCUCGACCAGCAAUAGGGAGAGUGUCAAGUCGGAAGAUGGUGAUGACGAGGAGCUCCCGUACCGGGGCCCGUUCUGUGGGCGCGCCAGGGUGCACACCGACUUCACGCCCAGCCCCUACGACACGGACUCGCUCAAGCUCAAGAAAGGAGACAUCAUUGAUAUAAUCAGCAAACCCCCCAUGGGCACCUGGAUGGGCCUGCUGAACAACAAGGUGGGCACGUUCAAAUUCAUCUACGUGGAUGUGCUCAACGAGGAAGAGGAGAAGCCCAAGCGUGCCACCAGGAGGAGGAGGAAAGGGAGACCCCCCCAGCCCAAGUCGGUGGAGGACCUGCUGGAUCGGAUCAACCUCAAAGAGCACAUGCCCACUUUCCUGUUCAAUGGCUAUGAAGAUCUGGACACCUUUAAGCUCCUGGAGGAGGAGGACUUGGACGAGUUAAAUAUCAGGGACCCAGAGCACAGAGCUGUUCUCUUGACGGCAGUGGAGCUGUUACAGGAAUAUGACAGUAAUAGCGACCAGUCUGGAUCCCAGGAGAAGCUGCUUGUUGACAGCCAGGGCUUGAGUGGAUGCUCUCCACGAGACUCAGGAUGCUAUGAAAGCAGUGAGAACUUGGAAAACGGCAAGGCUCGGAAAACCGGCCUCUCUGCCAAGUCAUCAACCGAGUCCAGCCUGAAGUCUUUCAACAGGAACCAGCUGGGCAACUACCCAACCUUGCCUUUGACGAAGUCAGUGGACGCUCUGAAGCAGGGAGGGGAGGGGAGGCUGGGCGGUGGUCUCACCCCUCUCGCCUCCAAGAGCUGUGAUCCCCCGUGUGUGACUGAUUUGAAUAAAAACCGAAGGAGUCUCCCCGUUUCCAUCUGCCGGAGCUGUGAGACCCUGGAGGGCCCCCAGACUGUGGAGACUUGGCCCCGGUCCCACUCCCUGGACGACCUUCAAGGAGAGCCCGAGAAAGAUGUGCCUGGCGAGGUGACAGAACCCUCCCCUCAGACUGUACCUGAAGUGCCACAAAAGACAGCCCCCUCCGUCACAAAGGUUCCAAGCCCCAAACGAGAUUCUGCUGUUGACAAUGCAUUGCUACUGACCCAAAGCAAGAGAUUUUCUGAACCUCAGAAAACGACUACUAAGAAACUGGAUGUCCCGAUGGGGCCUUUUUCACGGGGUACAUCCCCCCCUCCGUGUUUGCCCAAAACCUUUGACGCCCACCUGCCUGCCGUUAAACCCAGUUUAACACGGACGCCUCUGGAGGGUCACAGGAAAGGACUCGAUUUCGAAGGAACACAUCACCCCGUGGGCACCAAAGAAGGCCUGGAUGCUGAGCAGAGGGGCCCCGAGGCCAGAACGCAGGCCAAACCUCCCGUCCAGCCUCCGCCCGUUCCCGCCAAGAAGAGCAGGGAGCGCCUCGCCAACGGGCUGCAUCCUGUCCCUCCUGGUCUCCCCAGUGCCCCCAUACCUGACGCACCGGGCCUGCCGCUUAAAAAGGGCAGCCCCGGCGGCCCCAGCGACUGUCCCCCGGCGGCGGUGGUGGCCAGGCCUCCCCCAGGGCCGGAGCCGGGCAGCCCGCCCAGCACCCGGCCACCACCCUGGCUGUCAGAGCUGCCCGAGAGCGCCAGCCUCCAGGAGCACGGCGUGCGGCUCGGGCCCGCGCUGGCCAGGAAGGUCUCCUGCGCCCGCGGGCUGGACCUGGAGAUGCUGACCGAGAACAAGCUGCGGGCGGAAGGCAUUGAUCUCACCGAGGAGCCCUAUUCUGAUAAGCACGGCCGCUGUGGGAUUCCUGAGGCCCUGGUACAGAGGUACGCAGAAGACUUAGACCAGCCGGAAAGGGAUGUCGCCACCAACAUGGACCAGAUUCGUGUCAAGCUGCUUCGGAAGCAGCACCGCAUGGCGAUCCCAAGCGGUGGACUCACAGAAAUCUGCAGGAAGCCGCUGUCUCCUGGCUGCGUGUCGUCCGUGUCGGAUUGGCUGGUUUCCAUCGGUCUGCCCAUGUAUGCCAGUGCCCUCUAUGAGGCGGGCUUUAGCACCCUGGGCCAAGUGCCUUCUCUGUCCCACACUUGCCUUCAGGAGGCUGGCAUCACAGAGGAGAGACACAUAAGCAAGCUCGUGUCUGCAGCCAGACUCUUCAAACUGCCACCAGGCCCCGAGGCCAUGUAG